GGGUACUUGUAGAAUGUUGUUUAGGAUACAGUAAUGGCGGCCGGGGACGACUCGGAGAUUCCUGAGUCGGGAGCAGUUUUCACUUUUGGGAGGAGUCGAUUUGCGGAUAAUAUACCCAACAAGUUCUGGGUCAGAGGUGACAAGGUCAAUGCUGUAGUAUGUGGCGACGAACACACAGCACUGGCCACAGAGAGUGGGCGCCUCUUCACGUUUGGGAUGAAUGACUGGGGUCAGCUGGGUGUGGAUUCAAUAAAAGUGUCCACCAAACCAUGCUGUGUGAAAAAGCUGAAACCAGAGAAGGUGACCUUGGUAGCCUGUGGAAGGAUUCAUACUAUAGUAGCCACUGAAUCAGGCAGUCUAUACACAUUUGGUGCCAAUGGUGAUGGACAGCUGGGAGUAGAAGACAUUCCCAGCAGUAACUCACCAAUCAAAGUGGAGUGUGAACCACGACAAUACACAGCACUGGCAGCAGGGGCAGAUCACUCCGUCGCUCUCACAGCUGAUGGAGACCUCUAUGUGUGGGGAGGGAGCAGUGAAGGACAGCUUGGUAUGGGAGACACGGAAGACCAGCCCAAGCCGACCUUACUAAAAACAGACCACAAGGUCAUCAGCGUGGCCUGUGGCUACUACCACACGGCCAUUGUUACAGAAAACGGAGAGGUGUUUACAUUUGGAGAAAGCGACGGUGGAAAGCUGGGAUUGGGAGAUGACUGCGAUCAAGCCUUCAUACCACGGAAAGUGGACAUUCCAGAAAAGGGCAGAUCAGUGGCCUGUGGAGGGUCACACACUGUAGUACUGACCGAGUGUGGCAAAAUUUACACGUUUGGAGAGGGCAGUCAUGGACAGCUGGGUCACGGAACAAGAGUACAGAAUUCCACGUCACCUCACAGUCUCAAUUUCAAGUUCAAGGUCACACAGAUAGCCGCUGGGGAAAAUCAUACAGCUUUAAUUACAGAGAGAGGUCAAUUGUUCACAUUUGGAGAUGCACGUCAUGGGAAAUUGGGGCUUAAUCAGGAAAACUACUCAAAUCAAUUCAUCCCAAGGAAAUCUGAGCGCUUCAGCAGGUUUAAUGUCAGCCAAGUCGCCUGUGGGGGAUGUCACAUGAUAGUACUGGCACAUCUCCGCCUUCAGAACGGCGACAUGGACAGCCUGCCCUCAGAAGAGGAGGAUGAAAAUGAAAAUCUGAACAAAACCAACCUCAAUCAAUCGAUAAAGGUUGACGGCUCUGUGGACCUUGGUGGGAGCUUCGGGGCCAGAGAUCGGCGGCGGCAGGAGACUAUCAAACGGGCACCAUCAUUAAACCGAACUUUGCCAGCACUCACUAGUAACGCAAAAAAUGUCAAUUCUCUCAGUGCCACUCACCCCCCUAAACCCUCACCCCAAGGGAAACGGCCACUACCACAGGCAGCUAAACCAGAGGAGAAGAAGGAGGAGGAGGAAUCGUCUUCGGAGUCAGAGGAAAGUGAGGAGGAAGGAGACAAAGCUGUACAGAAUUCACAGGCUGUAAAAGAAAGUGAUAGCAAACCAGUCCCAAAGCCAAGACCGUUACCACGGAAACAAGAGGAGGUCAACGGAGACCAGGAGGAGGGAAAAAAAUCAGUGGAUUCCAAAGGAGAAAAGGACAAAGACAAAGUGGAAGAGAGGAAAGAGGAGGAAGUCAAGAAGGAAUCAGAAGAGAGGAAAGAGGAGGAAGUCAAGAAGGAAUCAGAAGAGAGGAAAGAGGACGAAGUGAAAACGGGGUCAGAGGUCAGUGAUGAGGAGAGUGAGGAGGAGCCAGGCCCCAGCCAAUCAGCUUCACCAACAGCUAAUACCAACCAAUCACAGAUAGACACUAAUCAGUCAGAAAAAGAAGUCAUCCAAUCAGAGACAAAAGAAGCUGUUAGUGCAGUGAAGAAGGAAGAAGAAGAAGAAAGUGAAGAAGAGGAAGAUGAUGAAGAGGAAGGAGUCAAAGCUGCCAAAGAGUCUCCUACCAGGGCAAUGCCAAAACCUCCCAUUCCAAAACCCAGGCCAACAAAAGCAAAGGAAAGCGAGGAGGAGGAAGAGAAGGAAGAGGAUGAGGAAGAAGAAGAACAGAAAGGAAAGAAGGAUAAAGACAAAAAGAAAAAGAAAGACAAGAAAAAAGGAAAGAAAGACCUGAAGGUGUUUGGCAAAGUGUCGACAGGAUUGUCCGAUGAUGAAGAUGAGGAAGAGGAAGAUGAGGUGGAGGAGGAAGAAGAAGAGGAGAGAGAGAAGGAAGAAGAAAAAGAGAAAGAUAAAAAGAAAGACAAAAAGAAGGAUAAAAAAGACAAGAAAAAAGACAAGAAAGAUAAGAAAAAAGGAAAAAAGAAGAAGAAAGGAGAGGAGGAUGAAGAUGACGAGGAGGAAGAUGAUGAGGAAGAUUCAAAAGGAAAGAAGGACAAAAAGAAAGACAAGAAAGAAAAAGAUAAAAAGAAAGACAAAAAGAAAGACAAAAAAGACAAGAAGAAGAAAGGUGAGACGGAAGAAGAAGAGGAGGAAGAGAAGAAAGAUGAAGAAGAGACUGAGGAGGGAAAGAAGAGCGAAGGAGAGGAAGAAGAUAAGGAGAAGGAGGGAGAUAAAGAGGAAGAUGAGGAGGAGGUAAGAUGAGAAAUCCAAAGAGGAAAAGAAGGAGGAACCAGCCAAAAAGACACCGGAAAAGAAGGUACAUCAAGUCAUACUCCCUUAGUGUAGUAUUCCACUGUCAUUAUUAUAGAUAAUCACUGUCAUUAUUAUAGUAUUCCACUGUCAUUA